AUGAGAGAAGAAGUCUAUGAUAUCGUCAUUGUUGGUGCUGGGCCAUUUGGACUCUUCUUGUCACUCUGCUUAUCCCGAUGGGGCUACAAUGUGAAGCACAUUGAUAACCGAGAUGUGCCCACCAGGACAGGCAGAGCAGAUGGGAUCCAGCCUCGGUCGGUCGAGAUAUUACGGAAUCUGGGAGUAAAGAAGCAAUUGGUGGCCCACACAUCUGCGAGGCUUUACAAUGUUGCAUUUUGGGACCCUGACCCCAACAGUGAGGGCAUACAUCGGACCAGCAACUGGCCUAGUUGCCCACCAACCAUAGGCGCGAGAUACCCGUUUACCCUCACAAUACAUCAGGGUAUAAUCGAAAGGGUCUUCCUGGACGAGAUGUCAAAGUGUGGUACUAUCGUGGAGCGGCCGAGCACCAUAGUUGGGUUCCUACAUGAUAAGGAGAACUCCACGUACCCUGUAUCAGUUACCCUAAAGAGCCUUGAUACAAACGUCGAACGAACUGUACGAACAAAAUAUUUAAUUGGAGGCGAAGGCACUCGGAGCUUUAUCAGGGAACAGCUGGGGAUAAAAAUGCAGCGAAAGGGGCCCAUCUCAGCGGUAUGGGCUGUUAUGGACGGGGUGGUCCGCACCAAUUUCCCCGAUAUCAGGAAAAAAUGCACUAUUCAUUCUCAUAGUGGUUCAGUGAUGGUGAUACCAAGAGAAAACAAUUUGGUCCGCCUGUAUACCCAAAUUUCUUCCCCUGAUGACCCUGACUGGGAUCCGAAGCGGACAGCUACCAUCCAACAAGCGCAAGACUCUAUCAUAAAGGCCCUCAAGCCAUACGACAUCACCUGGGAUAUGGUAGACUGGUAUUCCACCUACCCGAUCGGCCAAGGUUUAGCAGAUUCGUAUAGUUUAGAUCAGCGUAUAUUCAUCGGGGGAGAUGCAUGCCAUACUCACAGUCCGAAAGCCGGCCAAGGCAUGAAUGCCGGUUUUCACGAUGCUUUGAAUCUAGCAUGGAAGAUUCAUGCUGUUGAGGCUGGAUUUGCCGAUCGCUCGAUCCUGGAAUCUUAUGAAGCGGAAAGAAGAUACAUUGCCCAGCAACUGCUUGGUUUCGAUGCCAAGUACACAAAGCUAUUUUCCCAGAGAUUAUCUUCCAAGGACCCUAGCCUACCCGAGAGCAAGGAAUUUACCAAAUUACACAAAGCUGCUGCAGAGUUCACAAGUGGCUAUGGCAUCGUAUACCCGCCGAAUGUCUUUAACUGGCAUCCGAAUCACCGAGCCAAGUCACCUCUUUUUAUCUCGGAUGGCACGAUACUGACGCCUGGCCGUUGCUUCCCGCCAGCUACGGUUACUCGUCUAGCUGAUUCUAAUCCUGUGCAUCUGGAACACGAGAUUCCGAUGAACGGGUCUUUUCGGAUAUUGAUCUUCGCUGGGAGCCUUGACAAGUCUAGAACCGCCCUGGCUGACUUUUGCCGAUAUAUUGAGGAACCUUCCAGCUUCUAUGCUUUAUUUGCGACGCCCGAGCUCUGCCCAGAUCCAUACUUUGAGAAGCAUAAUCCGCAUUCAAGAUUCUUCACUAUUGCGGCCGUAUUCAUGGAAGAAAAGGACAAUGUCGACAUUUCUACACUGCCGCGACUCCUCAAAGCUUACCACCACCAUAUUUAUGCCGAUGACCUCGUUCAUAAGAGUGCCGCUCAACCGAUCGGCUCGAUUCAUAAAAAGUUGGGCUUUGACACCGACAGACCCGGUGUUGUAGUCAUACGCCCAGAUGGACACGUUGCCUGUAUUCUCAGGCUAGAAGAAGGAACCGGAACUAUUGAUGCAUUGAAUAAGUAUUUUGGCACAUUUACCUCAAAGAUAACCCGCGAACUAACGAUUUCACGACUAUGA